AUGCCGAUACCGGAGGUGCGUCGACAAUUGGCGGCACUCAUCAAAGCUGUUCAGCGUGGGGAAUGGCCGGCCAUACUGCCGCCUGAAAUUACCGCAAAAGAUUACAGCAUUCUUGUGCAGUACAUAUCUAACCCAGACCAGCGCGUUGAGGCAACACGAAAGCUGGCAGGACUGAUAGUGGACCUGAAGACCAACGCACGCUUGCUUCUGGACUCCAAUCCGUUUGCUACAGAGAAGGAGCAGCUGCGGCAGAUCUUCCGGGAGCAGGAGCAGCUUAUUCCGAACGCGUCGAUCGGGUGCUCCUUCAGCCGGCGCAGCCUCCUGCUUUCGCACAACACGAGUAGGGCGAGCGUCCUUCAGUCACAGAGCGCCUCGUUCAGCGAGUAA